UGUAAACAUAAUUUUAAUUUUGCAAAUUGUUGUUGUUGAAGAAUAUAAUUUAACAGUUAAAAAAAACAAACAAAUCUUUAGCGGAAUGAAUGAAAACACAGUGACAAAGGACCCAAUGCGGGGAACGCUUAAAAAGCUAAUUGAGCACUCAAACGCUACAAUAAGUUCCGAUGAUGUCUUAAGAGAGUUCCGGACUACCAAGGAGAAACGCAACAAUCGCAAGCUACUGAAAAUAUUGGAAAUUAUUUCGAAGGGACAACCAAAACAGGCGGAAAGUUUGUUAGAGGCAGCAAAACUAUUGGAAAAGAAAGAUCCAUUCUAUUGUUUAAUGAGCUUUCUUAAUUGUUACUCAGACACCAACAUCAUGCAGGCAAUGCGAAAGAAAGAUUCCACAUCAACUCCAGUGCUAACGAAAACAAUGUUUGAAGGCAACACUCCUGACCGCAUGUCAGAGAUCAAAGAGAGAGUUGUCCAAGCAGCCACUGGCGGUAUAAGUCGUACAGCACAAAAUAACAAUUCCAUCAUUAGUACCGGCAUCUUGUGUACACCAGCCUUGACCACAACAUUACCUACAUUGGGCUCUUCGUUAUUCCCUGCCACAAAGAGUACUGUGCGUUCGGAUUCUCUAUGGGAGUUUCAUAACAUUGAAAAUAUGCAAUUUCAACAGAACAAUAUUGCCGCAAUUCCCAUUACCAGCCAAGAGAAUCUUUUGUUAUAUGAUCUCAUCUAUUGUUUGACGGGUAUGCGAGGUUCCUAUAUAACACCAGAGUUGGAUGCAUACCGCGAUGGCAAUCAAUCUUUGUCAAUGAAAUUUAAAAUCUCCGAUCAAAUCCAUACAUCAUUGCGUGAUAUUGCUCAAGAGAUCUUGCCAUUGGCAUCACACUACACCUGUAUCCAACAGUUUAUACAGAAAGCUACUUUUUCCAAUUGCAGCCAAGUAUUGCAGGCCUUGAGUGAAGCUUUAAACAACCUCAUACAUGAUUAUUAUCUUCUUUUAGCUCAAUUGGAGUCAGAGUUAAAUGCUGGCAAUUUAACCUUACACAAAAUGUUAUUCUAUGUGAGACCCACUUUAAACACAAUGGAAGUGCUUGCAGGAGCUGUAUCCCUCAUUGUAGCGAAUGAAUUGCGAGGAGGCCAAGCCUUAACCUUACUAUUUAAUCAAAUAAGCUCCCUUACGGGCGAUGAAGAGUCACAAAAAUUUAUGAUACAACUGACUCAAAGGGCGGCAGUGCCAUAUAUGAAUAUUUUACAAUUGUGGAUACAGAAAGGUGUUAUCAAUGAUCCGCAACAAGAAUUUUUGGUAGAAGACAAUGAAGUGAUACGCAGAGAAGAACUACCCGAGCAUUAUUCAGCAGAUUAUUGGGAAAAACGCUACACCAUACGCCGUGAACGUAUACCCUGCUUCUUGGAUAAGGUUUCUGAUAUCAUUUUACGCACUGGCAAAUACUUAAAUGUCAUACGGCAAUGUGGCAAGAAGGUCACACCGCCCCAAACGAUGCAUUUGCAAUUUUCACCCACCAACCAAAAUCACAUUACUGUCAUACAAAAUGCAUAUCGAUUUGCUUCGAAGAAUCUUUUGGAAGUUUUACUCAAGGAAAACGAUUUGAUGGGUCAUUUGAUGUCUGUUAAACGUUAUUUGCUUUUGCAUCAGGGUGAUUUCAUAACACAAUUUAUGGAUGCCUGCGAAGAUGAAUUAGCCAAAAACGUUGACAAAGUAUUACCCAUGACAUUGGAGAAUUUGCUGGGAUUAACAUUGCGUUUAUCGUCGGCCAAACAUGAUCCAUACAAAGAUGAUGUACACUGCGAGUUAUUAACGUAUGAUUUGGUUACACAAAUGUCGAAAAUAAUGAAUAACGAGGAAGAGUAUUGGCAGACACAUGAUCGCUUGGAUUUAAAUGGUUUGGAAUGCUUUGCAUUCCGCUACGAAGUCAAGUGGCCUGUUUCAUUGGUAUUGAAUCAUAUUGCCAUUUCCAAAUAUCAAAUGCUUUUCCGCCAAUUGUUCUAUUGCAAACAUGUGGAGAGGCAAUUGUGCAAAAUCUGGAAAGAAAAUUCGAUUGCGAAGAAAUUUUCACCACAGGCUGCUGAGCUGUAUCGAUCUGCCUUUACGUUGCGGCAAAGGAUGAUGAAUGCCGUACAAAAUCUUGAAUAUUAUAUGAUGGUUGAAGUGAUUGAGCCCAACUGGCACAUAUUUAUACAGAAUAUGAAUAAGGUGGAAAAUGUUGAUGAGGUUUUGGUCUUUCAUCAAGAUUUCCUGGAUUUAUGCUUGAAAAAUUGUAUGCUUACCGAUGCAACAUCCCUAAAUCGAUCCAUAUUUAAGAUGUGUAAUAUUUGCUUGAAAUUCUGUGAAUUCAUACAGAAAUCUCAACGUUUCUUUCUUGAUGCUGAACUUACGUCGAUGAUGUGUGAUAGCAACGAUGAGGAUAAUUCAGAUUCUGAUUAUGAAUUUUCUAGUCAAAAACAGGUAUUUCGUUUGCAAUCCUCGGCACCAUGUAAAUCGUCUGAGUCCUCAAUGGCUCCCACCGAUACAUUUUCCGAACGUGUCAAACGCUUUGAUUUGGAAUUUACCGGUUUGCUUAUUGGACUGCUGAAACAAAUAAAUGAUGUGGCAUCAGACAAUCCUUCGGAUCGAUUCAUAAAUUUGGUUCAUCGUAUUAAUUUCAAUUCAUUCUAUAACGAACAAAUGGAUAAAUUAUGUGCCAAGGAUUCAAUGUUGGCGCAUCAUUCAUAAAUCAAUGAAUAAAUCAUAUUCUAAUGCACAACAACAAAGGCACGAUUGCCAACAACAAUAAUGUCUAAUACAAAUGAUAAUGUAAUACUCAAUACUUGCCUUGUCCCUCAACCCUCCCUUCCACACACCCUCUACCUUCAUCCUCUGAUUAUGCGUAUAUUAUAAUGAAGCCAUUUACAAAAAAUGUAUGAAUAUCACCCUCACUGUGCAUAUAAUCGUACAUAAAAUCUCUGAUGUCUGUUUGCAAUUCUAAUGUAGUGGUGUUCUAAUUGUUUGUUUGUUUCGCACAAAAAUAAAAUGAAAAAUUUGUUAAAAUUGAAA